AUGGGUUGUUUAGCAAUUGUGAAUCUCAUGUCAAGAGUUGUUUCAUUUGUUUGUUUAGCAACUUGUGUCACAAUUCUUACAACUUCCUCUUCUAAUAUGUCUGUUGCUUCAAUAUUUCAUGGUGAAGUUGAAGUCAAGUAUCAUUUUACUGAUUUCUAUGCUUAUCGUUACAUGCUUGCUUGUUCUGGUACUGGAUUUUUAUAUUCCCUUAUACAAACUGCAAUUGCAAUAAUCCAAGCCAAGACUGGAGAUUGUAUAAGUGAUAAACUCACUCACUUUGAUGUAUAUGCUGACAAGAUAAUGUCGAUGAUAGUGGGUACGGGUGCAGCAGCAGGAUUUGGAUUAACGGUGGAUUUGAAUAGAUUGCCAAAUCAUGCUAUGGUGACCGUUGAUUUUCUUAACAAAGAAAAUGUAGCUGCUAGUUUUUGUCUCGCUGGAUUUGUAUGCAAUAUGAUUUCAUCUUUUAUUUCAUUUAAAUUGUUUAAGGAUGAUUACAUGUAUGAUUGCUAA